GUUAAAAACCAUCACAACCACCUCCCACAGCCCAAACCAAUCUCCACGUAACACCCUCCUUCUCGCCGGCCGGAAUUUGUUUUUAAAAAAACAAAACAAAAAGAAAAUGGCAUUUACAUCCUCAAUAUUCUCUCACAUUCCUUUAAGCAACCAAAGAAUAUUCCCUCCAAAUUCUCAUAAACCAAAACCACCCAGAACCACCGUCACCACCGCUGCACUUCCGCCUCUCGCCGCCGUCACUGCCGCUGACCUCGACGGAACCACCUUGGCUGUCAUCGGAGGCGGGUCAGUGGCGGCUUUAGCUGCCGCCAUAUCACUCACCGACCCCGAAAGGCGGCGGCGCCUCCAGGCGGAAGAGGUGGGCGGCGGAGACAAGGAGGUGGUGAGGGAGUACUUCAACAAUUCUGGGUUUCAACGGUGGAGAAAAAUUUAUGGAGAGACUGAUGAGGUUAAUAGAGUGCAGAAAGAUAUUAGGCUUGGUCAUUCACAGACUGUUGAGAAUGUGCUGAAGAUGUUGAAAGAUGAAGGGUCGUUGGAGGGUGUAAGUGUUUGUGAUGCUGGGUGUGGUACUGGGUGUUUGGCCAUACCCUUGGCGAAAGAAGGGGCGGCUGUUUAUGCUAGUGAUAUUUCGGCUGCCAUGGUGGCUGAGGCUGAGAAACAGGCAAAAGAGCAGCUUCAAGCAGGAAGUGAAAAGGAGUUGGUGAUGCCAAAAUUUGAAGUGAAGGAUUUAGAGAGUUUAAAUGGGAAGUAUGACACAGUGGUCUGUCUAGAUGUUCUGAUACAUUACCCACAAAGUAAAGCAGAUGGGAUGAUCGCCCAUCUUGCAUCAUUGGCUGAGAAUCGACUACUUUUGAGUUUUGCUCCGAAGACAUUUUACUAUGAUCUGUUAAAGAGAGUAGGGGAGUUGUUUCCUGGGCCUUCAAAGGCAACAAGAGCAUAUUUACAUGCAGAGGCAGAUGUAGAGAGGGCAUUGAAGAAGGUUGGGUGGAAAAUAAGGAAGAGAGGCCUGGUUACUACUCAAUUCUACUUUGCAAGACUCGUCGAAGCUAUUCCUGCAUAAAUGGAAGAGAGUUGAUGAUAUCUCUCUUUUCCAUCCCUGUGAAGUUCUUGGGCCUGGAGGAAGACCAAACAAAAGAUUACAAGCUACGGUGGGAGAUAUUGAAGAAGAAAAGAAAAUAUCAAGUUCCAGAGAGCCCCUUGGGACCUGAAGUGCUUUUGCAUUCUGGUGCCGCAAAGAUAACCACAAGUCCAAACGGGUGAGGCCAUUGUUCAAUCACAGACCAGCCAGCAGGAGCUGUACAACAGGGCUGAGUCUACAUACUCCAUUCUUGAAUGCUCUGAUUCCUUUGGGCUCAUCAUCUUCAGCGGUAAAUCAACCACUAGCUUCAUUGAAGCACACUGCUCGCUGAAUACUUGCUUGAAGUUGUGGAUUUGCUAGCUUUCAUUGUCGAUGGUGGGAUUUUGUGCCUUUUCAGUUGGCAUGGUCUUAGCAUCUUCACAGGCUUGCACUACGGUGCCAUUUCUCUUUUUGGAAGCAAAUGCAUGAUUAAAAUAGCACAAUAGCCCCUUAGUACUCGAAACAAUUCUGUAUGGAAAAACAGCCUUGCUUGUUUAAAGUUCAUGUAUAAGAAACUUAUGCCGCAGCAUUGAUUAGUAUAGGUUUCAUCUUGAGCCCUAGUCAGUAUCGAUUGCACAAACUAAUACUGUCCUCUCUUUGAUUUCCUGAACUGCAAGUGAUACUAAGUUUUGCAAA